AGCUGUUGCGUCUGCAGAGCUGUUGCGUCUGCAGAGCUGUUGCGNCCGACGUCAACCGUCUCGGUGAGUGUGCUGACAGCACCCUGCCCGACGUCAACCGUCUCGGAGAGACCGCUGACCCCCAGGAAGUGGCCCGUCUCCUGCAGCUCGUCCUGGGAUGCGCCAUCAACUGCCACCAGAAGGAGCGCCACAUCGAGACGAUCAUGUCGAUGGCGGCUGAGGUGCAGGCGGUCGUCAUGACGACGGUGCAGUCUGUGUUCAUGCGCGACACGUCGCCGGGCGCGGACGUGGCGGGACCAGCGAGCUUCCAUCCCAGCGCGCGGUCCGUCCUCCCGCAGCUCGAGGCCACCACCCGCGCCCGUGACCAGGCCGUCGCCCGCGUCAUGGAGCUCGAGAUGCAGUUGGCGGACGCGGCGGAGAAGCGCCAGGAGCUGGCAGACGAGAACGCUCGUCUGCUGGAGCGGCUAGGAGGGCUGGAGAGCGAGGGCGCUGAGGGAGGAACUAUGUCAAGAUACAAGGAGCUCAAGAAGAAGAUAGACUCCUUGCAGGACGACCUCUUCAAGAUGGAGACAUCUCGUGACGAGUAUCGUAGUCGUGUUGACGAGCUUGACCGUGAACGCGGCGAGGUGAUGGCCAGGACGGAGGAGCUGCAGAGACUGGCAGACCAGGCACACGCUCUGCAGGACGAGGUGGGUGUCUGCAUGCAGCACAUCCUCGAGCUGGAGGAGGAUGUGAAGAAGAACGACACGUGGCGGCCGCAGUUGGAGCUCUUCAAGAAACAAGUGUCCGAGCUCCGCCAGCAGCUCCAUGAAGAGACCAAGAAGGCCGACCGCCACGCCUUCGACUCCAAGAAGCUCAACGAGAAACUGGAAGCCCUCACUGUCGAGAAGGACCGCGUGGUGCAGGAGCGUGAUGAGCUGAAGGAGCACGUGGAGGAACUGCGCUGCCUCAACUCAGCGCAGUCUCCCAGUCACCGCAGCAGCGGCCCUAGCGCUGACCUGCUCAGCUCUGAUCCACAGGAACUCUGGGAGCGCCUGGUGCGUCUGCGUCACGAGAACGAGCAGCUGAAGAAGCGCGAGGCUGAAGGAGGUUCAGCGAGCGGUGCUGGAGCCUCGAGCAGCGCCCCUGUACUGCAGGCGAUGCUUGCUGAGCUGCAGGAGCGACAUGACAGCGUCUCGUCUGAGAACAGAAAGUUGAACCAGCGUAUCAUGGAGCUGGAGAGCGAAGUGGAGGAAAGUCGUGGUGCGACUGGUGGAGGUUUUUCUACUCCAACCCCAUCCACGGCCUCCACACUUACCGCUAGCCCUGCUCCAUGGAACGAUGCGGCCAAGAGGGACCUGGAGAAGAAACUCCAGCAGAAACUUGACGAGGUGGCAGCUUUACGUGAGAUGAUAGUGAAGAAAGACGGCGAGAUGGCAGCCAUGGAGGAGCGUUAUAAGAAAUAUCUUAGUAAAGCUAAGAGCGUCAUUAAGACCUUGGACCCGAAGCUGAACCCAAGCUUCGUGCCCGACGUGUCGGUGCUCAGACAGCAGCUCUACGAAAAGGAAAAACACAUCGAGAAUCUUCAGAGAGAGUCUGAGAAGGCGAAAUCGAUGCGUGAGGCCGAGGAGAAGCUCAUCACUUCAGCCUUCUAUAACUUCGGCAUGAACAUGCACCGGCAGAUGAUCAACCAGCGUCUGGUGGCAGUGGACAGCGGCAGCCACAACUACCUGGGCAAACCUCGCACCGCAACCCCGCAGCGCCGCAGCAACGUCGGCAACAGGUUGCGCUACUUGAUCAUUAUCAUUACGAAACUUGACUUGUUUCUAGGCAACAGGUUGCGCUACUUGAUCAUUAUCAUUACGAAACUUGACUUGUUUCUAGGCAACAGGUUGCGCUACUAACACUGUAGAUAUUGUCAUCCUGGCACCUAAGCAGCUGGAGUCGAUUGGCUCAUCUCACCACACGAACAUUAAACCGACACAGUUUCAGCUCACAAACUGCUACUUAAUGAACGAUGAUUUUUAACCCAUACUCCAAUGAUUUUUAACCCAUACCAUCAUUGCACGAAACUUAACUUGUUUCAAGUGCAUUCAGUCAAAAUUAACUAUGAAUAACAUUCUUAGUGCCUGGUUCAAGUCUAUGCUUCCGGCUGCUAAUGUUUAUGUACUUGAUUAUGAAUUUUGAAAGCGGACGAUCCGUCGAAGAUGCAGUUGAC